GUGCCGCCGACGAGAGAGAGAAGCAUCGUGGUGCGUAGACAUAAGCCGCAAGUCUCGAGUCUCUCACGACACCGCCGUUGAAUUUGCAUUCCUUUAUUUACUCUCGUCACGUCCUCCUUUUUUGGUUCACCAAGAUCUUAAAUUUGCCGACCUGACCUCUCUAGGUACCUCUCUCUUUCCCAGUUUUCACAAUUUUAUUCCAAUCUUUGAUGAGCAUCGAGUCAAACAUAUAAAAGAGUCUAGAUGGUAAAAGCAUACAGACAAGAGCAUGUCUACAAGCAUCCGUGGGAGCGGGUGAGUGCAGCCUCAUGGAGAAAGUUUGCAGACCCUGAAAACAAACGAAUCCUCUCUCACAUCCUUGAAGUCGACACCUUGAACCGGAAACUUGACACUGACACCGGUAAAUUACACACCACGCGUGCUCUCACCAUCCAUGCUCCUGGUCCUUGGUUUCUCCACCGGAUCAUUGGCCAGGACAUCUGUCACUGUGUUGAAUCUACUGUUGUCGAUGGCAAAUCACGUUCUAUGCAGUUAACAACGAAGAACAUUAGUCUCAAAAAGUUCAUUGAAGUGGAGGAGAGGAUUAGAUAUGAUCCACAUCCAGAAAAUCCAUCGGCCUGGACGGUUUGUAGCCAGGAGACGAGCAUUAGGAUCAAACCUUUGUCAGCUCUGGCCUCAAUGGCUGAGAAAGUUGAGCAGAAGUGCGCUGAGAAAUUCAUGCAGAAUAGCGCUAAAGGACGAGAGGUUAUGGAGAGGAUUUGUAAGUAUAUGGAAGCAGAAUCAGCUCCAAUCUAAAUAAAAGAUCCAAACUUCUUAGAUUCCAGUAUCUUGGUUUUUGAUUCUUGAAUGUUUUUUUUUUGUAAGUCAAGAGGGCUCUAUGUUUUUUUGGAUCAUGGUAAUAAUAAGUUUAUAAAACAGUUUAGAAAUCAAGCUGCUGUUUGUUUCAGCAGCGCUCCUCCUGUUUUGUGUUAGCAACUGGAUGUUAAAGUU